AGAGGCGGGCGGCGGCUGCGGUCCCCAUGGAGCCCAGCUAGGAGCUGCCGCACCCUCCACCGGAGGCCAAAUUAUGUCGGUGCCGAUGCUCGUGGCAGCGCGGAGCCGCCGCGGGUCCCGCUGACGGCGAUGUAGAGGCAGCGCCGGCAGAGCCCGAGAAGCCCUGCGACAUGGAGGAGCUGUACAAGGACGCCCCAAACCUGCCCAUGGACGUCACCAGCUCGCCCUCGGCGAUGGCCAACAACAAGCUGGAGAAUGGGGUGGCCCAGCUGAUCACAGCAGAGGCCUGGAACAUCAACUCGGCCGACCUGAUGAAGAAGGCCCUGUCCCCGCUGGUGACAGUCCCCGCGCCCUCCAUCCUGACGCCGCCGGCCGAGUCGCAGAGCGGGGUGGCCCUGAAGGUGGCGGCCACCGUGCUGCAGCCCAUCUGCCUGGGGGACAGCCCCGUCGUCCUGCCCAUCCAUCUGCAGGUCGCCGGCAGCGCCGCCCCGCAGAUGCCGGCCACCAACGCCGCCACCCCCUACGUCAUGACCACCCAGGGCCCCGUCCCGCUGCCCGUUCUCCUGGAGCAGCACGUCUUCCAGCACCUGAACUCGCCCCUGGUGCUGCCCCCGGGGGCUGCCUGCCCCGCCAGCCCCCUGCACGCCGGCCUCUUCCCCGGCGCCGCCGCCCCCGUCGGGCAGCCCCAGCUCCUGGACCCAAAGCCCUCCGGCCAAGCGCAGGAGCCCGUCCUGCCCCCCGUCUUUCAGACACCAGGGUUCGCCGCCGUCCUUCAGGACCUGUUUCCCUCCCAGGGCGCCCUGGGCUCUGCCCCCUGCCAGCCGCCCCCCGACUAUGCCGCCCUCCCGCCCCAGGCCUUCAGCUCGCCCCUCUCCCCGCUGGUGCCCCCCGCCACGCUGCUGGUGCCCUACCCUGUCAUCGUGCCCCUGCCUGUCCCUGUCCCCAUCCCCAUCCCCGUCCCCAUCCCCGUGCCCCACGGUGCCGAGGCCAAGGCGGCCCCCGACCCGCCCAAGCCGCCACUCUUCACACCCCACUCCUGCAAGGGCACCCAGACCCCCCUGGAGAAGGAGGAGACGAAGCCCUUUGACCUCCUCCACCCACGGGAGUUUCCCCAGCUGAGCCGCCACACCGUCAUCAAGAUGGGCGGCGAGAACGAGGCGCUGGACCUCUCCAUGAAAGGGCCGCCCGUGCCCCGGGCCAGCGAGGCCGCCCCGCCGCUGCUGCCUGAGGACGGGGCCCUGGACCUGUCCCUCGCCUCCUGCCGCAAGCCAGGGGGGCCCCACGGGGAGGCGGCCGGCACUGGCCCCACCGCCGCUGCCGAGGCCGGUGCCCACCCCGCGCCGGACAAGCUCCCCGGCCCGGCCACCCCCUUCACCCCUUGCAAGCCCCAGGAGGCAUCGGGCAAGGCGGAGGGCAGGGGGGCGGGCGGCGGGCCGGCUGAGCUGCUGCGGCAGCCGCAGAAGUGGCUGGUGGAGCAGGCGGGCAGGGCGGGCUGCGAGCCCAAGGCCGGCAACAACAUCGAGAUCGUCAGCACCUCGCAGACAGCCAAAGUCAUCGUCUCCGUCAAGGACGCCGUGCCCACCAUCUUCUGCGGCAAGAUCAAGGGCCUGUCGGGGGUCUCCACCAAAAACUUUUCCUUCAAAAGGGACCUGCCCCAGGACUCGGUGCUGCAGUGCUACGACGUGAAGAGCCCGCCCGAGCCCCGGGACAGCGCCGAGGCCCUCAGGAAACCCGUCAAAAACAGGAGCGUAAAGCUAAAGAAAAUGAACUCGCCGGAGAUACAUAUUCUUCCAAUCAAGAAGCAACGGCUCGCUGCCUUUUUUCCAAGAAAGUAAAUUAUGGGUUUUUAGAAUUUUAAGAUUAUUAUGAGAAGAAGAAAAAAAAAUAAUAAAAAAGAUGCACUUGGUUUUAAACUCAUUUAAAACUUUAAACUAUCUUUGUAAGUUAUUUUUGGGGGAAGGGGGAGAGGAUUGGAUGUAGAGUCCCUAUAAGCUGGGUUGUUUGUUUUUUUUUCCUUUUGGUUUUUUUGUUAUUGAAUUUUGACUUUUCAUGGGAAACUGAAUAAAAAGCAACCUAUUUUUCAAGCAGAUUGCACAUUUUGCAGCUUUAAUGGAGUAAUGGAUGAGUCAGAGGGGUAAGAGCUAUUUUCACUGCCAUAAAGUGCUUUGAUGAUGUAAUUCUUCAUAACGGUCGGAAUGGAAAUUUCAAAAUAAAUGUUUGUACGUGCUAAUUGUUUGCGGCAUUUUUUGUCAUUUCUGACUCGCUUUCAGUGUACAGAGAAGGUUUGGCAAAAAGUCUGUAAACUGUAAAGCGCUGCAACUGACUUGUGAUGAGCCUAAAAUGUUAAGAAAAAAAUAGCAGGCUAAGAAAAAUUAUAUCGUCCCGCAGCACUGUCGGAGAGCACGUCGCAACAGCUGCUAACGAUGCGCCCAAACAAGCUUCUGGAGAAGCGAGAGCGAGAGCGAGCGAGCGGUACAGCCCAGUGCGCACCUAACACCAGCUUCAUUGCAAGAGACCCACAGGAAACGGUCUUAAAAUAUUAAGUAAUGUUAUCAGUCAUUUAAAAGAGAAGAGCCUAAAAGU